AUGAUCGUCCUAGACGGAAUCGGCGAAGAGGUCGCCGAAGAUGCGCGAAAAAGCCUUGCGAUGCAAGUCGACGGUGGGCGUGCCACUGAAACAGAAUCACCCGCAACGAAAAGGCAAAGCGCCCAACCAUUCACGAUACUCAAGGACACUGCCGAAACCUCAGUUGCCUGCGAAGCAUUCGUCAAGAAUCUGCGAGCACAGCCCCUUGCCGACCUGCUGGGUAUAAGCGAGGAUGAAGUACGCAGAAGGCUGAAACGUGGAAAAUGCGUCCAUUUCUUGCCAAUCGCAGACGGGGUGAUUGAUUACAUUCAUACCGCACCUGGACGCAUCGUUGGUACUUUGGCAUUCAGUGCUCUGCGCGACUGUCCUGUCAUGCGAAAGGGCGAUGCCGAACAUUCAGAUGUGAAACCCGGCCAAGUCAUGUACUACGAUGGCGAUGAGCCUGUCAAGUGGCAAGGCAAGGAGGAAGGAUUCGGCUUGAUGAUGUGGUGCAGCAAGACUACCAGUUUCAAAGCUGGCUGA